CGCACGCACCCGCAAACAUAUCAAAUUUUAAUCAGCGGAAAAUAUGAGGAUGCACAUGGUACGUACAUCAGAUAAAGUAAAAUUUGUAAUGAGGCUCAGACAAUAAAUCCUGGAAAGUAAAACAGUUUCAGACUAGAUAAGUUAUCUCAGAUGCCCAAGACAAGUAAUUUUGGGUGGGUUUUUUUUUUUUUUGAGUUUAUCAUGAUUUGUGAACUCAACUCCAAUCAAUGAUCUCCGUGAUAAUUGAUUUUUAAAAAGGAUAUUUUGUGUAUUGCAUUUCAUAGAUUAACACGGGCAUUUGAAACAAGUAUUAUUAUAAUAUCAGAAUUACAUUAUAACGAAACAGCUUUAAAAACUAUAACUUUCUUUGUAAAGGAAGAAAAGUCAAGAAAAAAAAAUGCAUAUUAAGAGGUAUUAAGGUUUUAGUCAAUGUUAAUAAAGUUUUUGCUAAGUAAAGCAGAAAGUUUCUCGACCAAAACUGGAGUAACACCAAAAGUCCCCAAAUAAAACUUAAGUUCAAAGUCGGAAGUCACUUGUAGAAAAAACACUUCUGACUUUCACAGACCUGGCCUAGGUUUUCUGUGACAUUUGAGGUGCAUGCAUUUUAUUUUCUGUAAUAGAAAUAUUAUGGUGCAUGUGUGGUCAUUGCUGAUGUACAAGAGCAAGAACAUACAUGCACAGUGUUAGACUUGAUCAUUUUACCAACAAAGAGUGAGGGUACAUGCGCCUGUGUGCACUUGAUCAGACGAUAAAAGGUAUCCAGGGUGUGUGCAUAAUGUAUUGUGAAGUGACGCUGGAAAAAAAUCGUGUCCGGCUUUUUGUUGGAAGUUUGCUGACUGGGAUUUCAUGUUUGCAUCACCUAACUGUGAGUUCGUGACCUUUUCUACACAGACUCCACCCUACUUACGAAUGAGCUACGUUCCAAAAAAAUAGUUCGUAACGAUUGCUCGUAAGUCGUUAUUUUGCCAUUUUAAUAUAAAUACUGUAAUAAUAAUAUAUAGAUUACCUUUCAAACUGGUGCUAUAAAUUUAAGUUAAUAUAUGAGAAGAGGAUAGGAGGUUGACAUCUGUGAAGGCUCUUGAGGUAGAAGGCAUUGGUCUGAAGAAUUUGUCCAGGGAAGUUUGCAAUGUUUUUUCUUCUUCUCGUCGUAAAUAACACGGUAACAUAGAAUAGCGUCGCUAACGCCCUUUGAAACCUCCGAGAACCUAUUGAUGUUGGGGUCCUGUUGGUCAAACACACUGAGACCCCUCUCUGUAACACAAAAUGCCUCAGUCAUCAUUUUCGUUGCAUUAGAGUGCGUGGAAGUGAAGAUUUCAAGAAAAAAGCAAAAAAGGUUCACCGAAUCUCUGGUGUAUGAAAAAUACUGAGUUUGAUCAUUCCCAUGCCAGUCUUCAACGAAGAGAGACUAGAAAAUUUUGAGUAGAAGAGAUUGGGGAAUCGGUUUAAUUCCUUGCUAAGCCCAGCAUUGCAUGAAGUAACUAGAAGAGGAAUUACCCAGAGAGAAAUAUCGAAGAAGGAAGACGUUUGGUGUCGGAUCUUCAGCAGUUGGAGUAUAUGUCUAAUCAACACCAGCUGUGUGUGGAUAUUGUGAUUAUUGAAGUGGUCUCGUCACCAAUCAGGUGCUAAGGCCGUAUCAGAACUUGUAAGAUAAGUGUAAGAUACUCGAGGAGGGCUAUGUGCGGACGAUUAUCCAAGGAAGAGUAGUAGUGUGUUUGAUAGUGAACGUCUCUGCGACAUCAUCCAAACUUUUCAGUACUAGAACACAAAUUUCCGUCCAUCCAACCCACCCAACCUUACUAUCUUCGUUCUUGCCAGUGAUUGUGAUUCUGUCUACUUGGUGCAUGCAGCAAAGAUGAAAUCCAGUCCUGUCACCCAAAAACUCCUGUCCCUUUUUCUUCAGCGGCGGUUCCUUGCAUCUUUGAUGUUCAUUACCAUGACUGGGUUCGCAAUAGUAAUGGUCUAUGCUUCAAGCUACCACCGAAAUGAAUUCAAGGCUGUAGCCUAUGCUAGCAUCCAUAACAACUCAGCAGGUCGAAAAACAACUGCACGGAAGACGACAGGCAAGCAUUCAACUACACAUUCUUCAACCAGCAGUUUUAAAAUCACCACGACCCCAACCACACGUCUACUAACCUCGACCUCAACAACACGUCUGCCGAAGAAGACGACGACAGCUACAGCUACAGCCGCUAACGUCAAUAAGAAUAGACAGCUCCGUCCAGUGACGUCAUCGUCAGUCCACACAACUGCCACGAAGCCGAACUCCACCCGACUUUUUAAAAUGGACGACAAACUGCUGCAGGAAUAUUUGCAGCGUUUAUCAGGAAUCAAACCCCGUGGACGUAAUUAUCGAAAUAUUUCCUGUCCACUAACAUUAGAAGACAAAUUAAAGAAUGGAAAUCCUUGCUUUGAUGAGAACUGUUCAAGCACGUUUCCGGUUCCGGCGGAACGCUUGCGGAUGAUGCUGCAGUCACAUGAUAUUCUGAGCGCACAGUUUGCUGAGGUCAUCGAUAGCCUCGCCAACGAAUCCCAGAGAGCGGACUUCAUCUUCCUGACGGCAGCGUCGUCCAAUCACUACGGGGAGACGCAGGCCACCAUCAAAGGACUGCAAGAAAUUAUAUUCCCAAUGCUUCACAAACAUUUUCCAGGCAACACUACCCGCCUCGUGUAUUUCGACCUCGGCCUCAGAAAGCUGCAAACAGAUUUACUCAGAAAGUACGGGAAGUGCGACGUGAUAGCCUUUCCCUUUGACAAGUUACCCCCCAACUUCCGGAAGCUCAGUACGUGUUCUUGGAAACCGUUACUCCUGAAGGCCUACCUCAAGUACUCUCGACUGACCGUGUGGAUGGACUCCAGCACUCGAAUCAUCGAGAAAAGCAGCCUGGCCUUUCUCUCCGUUGUCCAGAGGGCACUGGCAGACGGCAUGGUCAUUUCACGUACCCAAAACAUGCUCGCCAGACACGUGGCACAACCCAUGUUGAAUUACUUCCGGCUACAAGCCUGCCAGUUAGCUCCCUUCUUUGAGCUCGCGGGGGGCUUUAUCGCGCUGAAAAAUGACUUUUUUGUAGAGAAAGUCAUUCUGGAUUCUUGGGUGGCUUGUGCUUUCUCUCCUGACUGCUUAUGCCCAGGGCAAGACUGUCAAAAACUUUAUAACGGAUGUGGCGAUGGGAGCAAAGUUUACACGCGUUGUCACAGGUUCGACCAGUCAGCCAUUGCUGUAAUCCUUGUUGCUCUUUUCGACUGGAGGUCUUCACUUUUUGUGGUCGAUGGCCCUAAGGGAUUUUCAUUCAACCGAGGACACAAGAUAGAGUAUUUGCCAUCAAACCUAUGAACUGAAAUGAAGAUAUAAAAAAAGGGAAGAAACUCUUGAUGGGGCUUACCAAGGACUGCUAGAGAAGAGGAGGAGAGAAAUCGGCUUUUUUAUGGAGAGCUAGCAACUAAAACUACAUUACUUUAUCUCAGCUCUGUAAAAACGAAAUGUGUACCCAGGACAGCCAAUCAUGGCUGUGACAAGGGCUAAACUGUGGUGCCACAGAGUUCAAGGGGAGACAACCUCGAUGGCUACGUUCAAAAGAUAAUCGUACUACACUCUGUCAUUUGGCUUGCCAUGUAGAAUCGGGAACGAGCGACCUGGGCUUCUCAAGCCAGGCAAUGCGAGUAUUAUGACUCUAAAGAAGUGAUGAUGAGGAGGAAGAUGAGGAGGAGGAGAAGGAGGACGAGGACGAGGAGGAGAAGGACGACGACGAUGAAUUUGUUAAUGAGGAUGAUGUUGAUGACAACAAAAGCGUUGUAUUUUUCUUUUGAGAGUCCGUUAAACUAAAAACAAAUUACUGUAGCACUGUAUAAUUAAGCGCUCACUGCAUAACGUGAUCGUGUUUUCACAGUUAAAAGUGUUAAUUUGUGAGUCAGCAUUGAACUGUCUAUUUGCUUCUCAAAUCAGAUGCAAAUAAUAUGUGGAGCUUCCUGGAAAGGUAAAGUUCACAUACUUCAGCCCGAUUAGUAUUUGUAGUUAGCUAGAGUCGGUUGUCACAUAAAAGGUUAGAAACUUUACACAAAAGCUUCGAAUAGCAGUUGAAUAAGGUGUUUCUAUUUCUGUCAAGGAAGUUUAUUUCUUAUUCUCAGAUUUGUUUAUUCACUUAACUCGAUUCCUACUAUCCUUUGACAUGUAAAUAUUGAAUAUAAAUAUUUUUGGUGUA